GUGGGACGGCGAAGAAGAUAGCAGACAUUGUUGUGUACCAUUGUUGACGGUACCAGAGUCGGUAUUCUUGGAAGGAAAGUUGAUGUUGGAGUUAAGAAUAACAGAGACAACAGCGCUAACAGAAACACCAAUACAUCAGCAACAACAACUGCAGCAACAGUAGCAGCAAUAACAACUACAGCAACAGUAGUAACAACAACAGCAGCAGCAACAGUAGUAACAACAACAGCAGCAGCAACAACAGGAACUUUGGCAGGAAGUUCAGCAAGAGGAACAGCAGCAACAGCAGCAGUUGCAGCAGUAAUUGCAGUCGCCACAUCAACGACAGCAACAGAUCUGUUACUACAUCAACAAAAUGGGACGGUGUGGCAGAGUGUCAGGGUCGUCUACCACAUUGGUACUAGCAGUGGCAGUGUUGGUGAUGGUUGUCACCGUAUAUAAGUACGGCAGCAACAUGGGAGUGACGAGGUCCGACCUCCACACACCCUCAAAAUCCUCAGAGAUGAACGGUGAGGUCAACCGGAGCGACGGCCCCGUCGCUGGAAGUCAAGAUAACUAUCAACCCAGGAACGUCAGACUGACAGAUGAGACCUUCGCUGGGAGGCAGCAAGACGACCCGGAGCUGAUCCAGUACAUAUGUUACCAUCUGCACCGGCCCUCCAGCCUCCCUUACAACCUUAGUAAACCUCAAGUAAAUGACCACUCACAGUACGGACAGUCUCUUCACUUGAUGAAUAACAUACUACACGGCAUGAAAGGAGGCUUCUUCGUGGAGGUGGGAGCCAUGGAUGGAGAAAUUUUUAGCAACACACUCUACUUAGAGCAGCACUUCCAGUGGACGGGACUCCUCAUAGAGCCUUACCCAGUGACCUACAGAGAGCUCCUCCACAAACACCGUAGAGCUUACUCAAUUAAUGCUGCUCUCUCUCUCACUCACACCUCAGCAUCCAUGAAACUCUCUCACUCACACCUCAGCAUCCAUGAAACUCAAGUACUGAAGACAAUACCCUGGGAGAGGAUCAAGUUCCGGGUGAUGUGUAUUGAAAAUAACCACAUCCCAGAGGGCAAGAAAACUCUACGCAAAUUCAUGGUAUCUAAAGGAUACAAAUUCCUGGGUGAAAGAAAAAUUGACUCCUGGUUUGGGUGGCCAGAGUUGCUUGUUUACAAGAAAAAUGGUUCAUAAUCUUCCUGUUUGUAUUAUUACCGUAUUUUUUCGGCAUAUAAGACGCACUUUUUUCUCCCUAUAAAUCAUCCUGCGCAUUAUAUGCUCAAGGUCAGUGUCAAGGGUAGGUUUUGUGUUACUCUUUACCAGUUGUUUACUAACGUUACGUUAGUAAACAACGUCUUACACGUUGCGCCCUAUAUGCCGGAAAAUACGGUAACUAUCUCUAAUUAUCUAUCUGUAGUUAACUAUCUGUAAUCGACUAUAUGUAAUCAAUUAUCUGUAAUUGUUUGUAACCGCAGGAGCAGAGCUACGCUCGUACUGUCCAGUUUUCAGUAAUAUUGUCACAUAUUUUGUUUUGUGUGUAGGAAGUGUUCGUGAUCAAGGGUACUGGAGCUGCCUUCUGCUUCCUCGAAUCAAAGCUUAUUACCACCCAUUCCCCAAAUCAUUGUAUGGCCAUUUGGCAAUAAUAAUGGACAGAGUGAGUGAUGAUGAAGGUGUUUCUUCUGUCUUGGAGUAACCCUUCGGUGGGAGAUGGCCACUUUCUUAAUAAUAAUAAUAAUAAUAAUAAUAAUAAUAAUAAUAAUAAUAAUAAUAAUAAUAAUAAACAAUAAUAAUUAUAACAAAUAUUAAUAGUUAUUUAGGUCAAUUGGGUUUGAAGCUUACCGACUAUACGAGUCAUUAAAGCAGUAUGUCACCUGUUUAUUAUAUACACUGAGACAUCAACAUCCCAUCUAAAUAUUCCAUAUGGAAUUAAUACAAGACUAAAUGGAGUCUGAAAUCUAUCUUCUACACUGAGCUUGUUAACACUGCAUAUAUCCCUUACAAUCGAAUCGAAUACUACUUGUGGAAAAUAAUGUAUUUUCCAGAAAAAAUACAGUGUAUUUUUUAUGUAAAUUAGUGUAAUAUAUUGUAUUUAAUAAAAUUUAUGUUAUAAAAAAUGGAAAAUUCUGCGCCGGCGCAGAAGAGACUCGCCAUGUUUGAACUGGUCAACACAAACGUUAGUGAAUAAUGGGAAGAAUUUUCGUGCUCUAGAGGUUAAAUUGGGUUGACACCUCUCAAACAGGAGCCGAGAUUGUUGGAUGUGCAUUGCUGCAUAACUUGAGAUAUCAGACGACUGGACAAGACAGCUCCAGGAACCUCAGAUAGGUCUUAUGUUGUAACUCUGGCCAGUGUUAUUUUCAUAGAUAGACAGUGAGGUUUUCUGAGUAUGAUACACCUUAAUUAAUCUCCAGUCAAAUUGGUGAGUGAUAUUAAGAUAUAUUCUCCUUCUGUUAUGCAAAUGUGUGUAUAUAUAAUCACUUAUUAAUUUUAAUAUACAGUCCACAAAUUUUUAUAUUUAACAGAAUUCCUGGUAUAUGUACCUUUCAUUUGUAAUUAAUAGGUGGAUAUGACAGUUGUAGGUAUCGAAGGGGGACAUUUUUGCGACCUAGGUGUCCCAAAUUCCUACUUGUCUACGUAACUCUGAUAAAUAAUAAUUAUGUGUGCUACCAUUUACUGGUAUGUACAUUAUGAGUUACAUCCAGAUAAAUGUAAUUUUUCACAGUUAUAUUUAUUUAUAUAUUAUUUAAAUUUUUACAUAAAAAUGCAUAUAUGUGUAAUUACUUAUUUUGUCUUUUAUAUUUUGUUAUGUAAAAAUUAUGAACUUUUUGAAACAAGUUAAUUGUGAGACGCUGUUCUUCCUACCAUCAAAUAUUAUUAUAUAUAUAAUUCACUUAGUAUUUCUUCAAGAAUAUAAUAAUAACUGUCUAACUUUAAUUCUCUCUCUCUGUCUCUCUCUCACUCUCUCUCUCUCUCUCUCUCACCCUCUCUCUCUCUCUCUCUCUCUCUCUCUCUCUCUCUCUCUCUCUCUCUCUCUCUCGUCUCUCUCUCUCUCUCUCUCUUCGUUGGGAAGCGCUCUCUUGCCACGUCAGUUUUAUCGUAAACGUUUUAAAGGUCACCUAAACACAAUAAUAUAUCAUAUCCGCCAUAGACUACUCUCUGAAUAAGCCAGAUAGACAUCCGGCCGGAUGGCGUCUGUCACAAUACUCGCGAUCUCUCAACAUAUCCUUCUAUAUACAUAUGUCUGAGGCCAAGUAAAUAACUGACUAGA